AUGGCCAACCUCAACGUAGAGGAGGUGCUCAAGAAGCUGACCAUUACCGAAAAGGUUGAACUGCUCUCCGGCAUCGACUUUUGGCAUACAAAGGCUUUGCCCAAGCAUGGGAUACCCUCCAUUCGCAUGUCCGAUGGCCCGACCGGCGUACGCGGAACCAAGUUCUUCAAUGGUGUCCCCGCUGCUUGCUUUCCCUGCGGUACUGCCCUUGGUGCUACCUUCAAUCAAGAGCUUCUUGAGCAGGCCGGCAAGACCAUGGGCGACGAGGCCAUUGCCAAGAGCGCCCACCUGAUUCUCGGUCCGACGAUCAACAUGCAGCGGUCUCCCCUUGGCGGCCGCGGCUUCGAGUCGAUUGGCGAGGAUCCAUUCCUGAGCGGACUCGGUGCCGCGGCUCUAGUCCGCGGUAUUCAGAGUACCGGUGUUGUUGCUACCAUCAAGCACUUUCUCUGCAACGACCAGGAGGACAAGCGCAUGGGUGUCCACAGUAUCGUCACCGAGCGUGCUCUCCGCGAAAUCUAUGCCAUGCCCUUCCAGAUCGCUGUUCGCGACGCCUAUCCUGGCGCCUUCAUGACCGCCUAUAAUGGCAUCAACGGCACUUUUUGCAGCGAGAACCUUAAAUAUCUCGAUGGCAUGCUGCGCAAGGAAUGGGGCUGGAGUGGGCUCAUCAUGAGUGACUGGUUUGGCACGUAUAGCACAAACGAUGCCGUCAAGGCCGGCCUUGAUCUCGAGAUGCCAGGUCCUUCGCGUUUUCGCGGUGACGCUCUCCAGUUCAAUGCUUCCACCGGCAAGCCUUUUAUCCAUCACAUUGACGACCGCGUGCGCGCUGUGCUAAACCUGGUCAAGAAGGUCUCGUCCCUACCAAUUGAAGAAAACGGCCCCGAAACGACACUUGACACACCUGAAACGGCCGCCCUGCUACGAAAAAUUGGCAAUGAAAGUAUUGUGUUGCUAAAGAACAAGGAUAAUAUACUCCCUUUUUCCAAAGACAAGAAGACUCUGGUGUUGGGGCCUAACGCCAAGGAGGCCACUUACCAUGGUGGUGGCUCAGCUGCUCUUCGUGCCUACUAUGCCGUUACUCCAUAUGAUGGUAUUAGUGAGAAACUCGGUAGUCGGCCUGCCUUUACUGUUGGCGCCUAUACCCAUCGCUUUCUGCCCAUCCUGGGAAGUCAACUCACCGACCCUAACGGCAAGCUUGGCAUGCGUUGGAGGGUCUUCAACGAAGCCCCGGGGACCCCUGAUCGCAAAGUGAUUGACGAGCUUCAGUUCACCAAAACUGAGAUGCAUUUGGUCGACUACAGUAACCCGAAAGCCAACGAUGUAUGGUAUGCAGAUCUAGAAGGCUCCCUCGUCGCCGAUGAGGAUUGCACAUUUGAGAUCGGUGUCGUUGUUUCCGGCACGGCCAAGGCAUUUGUCAACGAUCAGCUCAUUGUUGACAACGCCACGAAACAAAUCGCCGGUGACGCAUUUUUUGGCACCGCCACUCGCGAAGAGCGCGGUUGCGUCGGGAUGAAGAAGGGCGAAACCUAUAAGUUCCGUAUCGAGUUCGGCUCGGCUCCUACAUUUACUCUGAAGGGUGAUGCGUAUGUGUCUGGCCAUGGCUCUCUCCGCGUUGGCGGUUGCAAGGUCCUUGAUGACCAGCAGGAAAUAAAAAAAUCCGUGCAGCUCGCCAAAGAGCAUGACCAAGUCAUCAUUUGCGCUGGCCUCAACUCGGACUGGGAGUCAGAGGGCGGGGACCGCGCAUCCAUGAAGUUGCCCGGCGUUCUUGACCAGCUCAUUGCCGAAGUCACUGCCGCCAAUGACAGCACGGUCGUUGUCAUGCAAACCGGCACACCCGAGGAGAUGCCCUGGCUGUCCCAUACCAAAGCUGUCCUACAAGCCUGGUAUGGAGGCAACGAAACCGGCAACUGCAUUGCUGAUACCAUUUUCGGCGACGCAAAUCCCUCUGGCAAACUGUCACUCAGCUUCCCCAAGCGUCUGCAGGACACGCCUGCGUUCCUGAACUUCCGUGCCGAAGCCGGCCGCACUCUCUACGGCGAGGAUGUCUACGUUGGCUACCGCUACUACGAGUUUGCCGACCGAGAAGUCAACUUUCCAUUUGGCCACGGCCUGUCUUACACAACAUUUGGCUUUUCCGGUCUGUCCGUCGCUACCUUCAAGGGCAAGGUGGAGGCCACUCUCACGAUUACCAACACUGGGAGCAGGAAGGGCUCCGCCGUUGCGCAAAUGUACAUUCAGCCAAGGCAGGCCGCACGCGUCAACCGCCCCGUCAAGGAGCUGCGUGGAUUCACAAAGGUCGAGCUCGAGGCCGGCGCGUCCAAGACGGUCUCUAUUAGCGAGCUUGAAAAGUACGCGCUGGCAUAUUUUGACGAAGAGCGUGACCAGUGGUGUGUCGAGUCAGGCGAAUACGAUGUCAUCAUCAGCGACAGUAGUGUUGUCAAUGAGAUGACGCUGCGGGCUAGCAUUACCGUACCGGAGACAUAUUGGUGGUCUGGCAUUUAG